AUGGCCAAGGACGAAAUCUGCUUUGAAGCGCCGGAGAUAAAUAUGGCCUCCGACAUCGUCCUCGAUGCGCGAGUGUCAGUCGUCACGGUGACCAAGCUCGUGGACGUCCGAGUCAAGGGCGAUUGCGUCUGCCCCGAUGGCCGCGGCUCCCCCAUCGAAGUUGGCCGAAGACGAUCUCCCUCUCCAGUCGUCUUCCGAAAGCGAACUCCAUCGCCAGUCGUUGUCCGAAAGCGAACUCCCUCUCCUCCGGUUGUUCGACGACGAUCCCCAUCUCCAGUUGUUUUCCGACAGCGAACACCUUCUCCAGUCGUCAAACGAGUCGAGAAAUCAUCAUCAUCUUCCUCGUCAUCCUCCGAAUCUGAAGCUACUCCAAAACAGGCUUCUCCGAAACAGGCUUCUCCCGUUAGCCGAGCCAAUCUCUCGAUCGCCGCUGCUCCACCAAAAGCACCCGAUGUGACUGAUACCGAGCUGGAAGCAAGCUACUCUGAAAGCCAGUUCCCCAAGCGAAUCCGAGUCACUGGCAAACUCAAGUCUGAGUGGAAAUCUGAAAACCUCACUGGAGCCUACCAGCUCGAAAAAUUCGAUCAAUUCGGCCGACCAAUCUACGUCCGAGAAGACAACACUUCUUCCGAGACCGAUGUUCUUCUUUUCCACAGCCAGGAUGGCAAGAAGCAGUGGAAACUCGGACCAGCCAUCGACUCCAAGAAGUGCUGGGCUUUCGUCGUCUCAAAGGUUUCGAACCCAAUCGACAUCGACGGCGACAUCCGCCGAAAGGGCCGAAACUGGCACGAACUUCUCAACAAGAAGUGGAUCCCAGCCAAGAACCUCUCCAUCUCCUCCGCUUAA